CGCCGAGCGCCACACACACGGACCCGAGCCACAUUAUUAACUCCGCGAGAGCGCGUUCUCCCGGCGAAGCCCAAAUCCACGCGCCCCACGCGUACUUUCUAGCGCCUUGACAUUUCCACUCUACUCGGAUCUAUUCGUUCGGGGGACAUGAAGCAGUAGCUCGGCGCCGUCGGAGCACCGACAAGCGGACGCCCGUCUCGCGCCUCGUCCGCCGCCUCCUGCCGGAGCUGGAGCGAUGCCCGGCGUAGGAUGUGCUCCAGCCGCAAGAUCCUGUGGAGCCUGCUCCUGCUGUCUCUGGUGGAGGUGGGCCUGGGUGUGGCGAGCAUCGUCCUGGGAGCCGUGGGCAUUAACUGGGUGCGGGGCGAGCACAAGCCGCAGCAGGGCGACGCGUCGCCGGUGUGGAGCGGACUCUGCUUCCUGCUCUGUGGGAUGUGUGGCGUCCUCUGCGCUCGCAAGAGGACGGGUCUCAUUAUGAUCCUGUUCUCCGCCUGCUGCAUCUGCGGCCUGAUCGGCGGCAUCCUCAACUUCCAGUUCGUCCGCGCUCUGAACAAACGGCCCGACUCGCUGCAGUCCAUCCACCUGGCUGCCAUGACGCUGGCCUGUCUGGGGAUCUCGUCCUGCACCCUGUCCACGUGGCUCACGUGCCGCCUGGCCAGCUCCGAGCAGCAGAGGAUGUUCCUGGAGCGCGAGCACUCGCUGCACCACUCGCACGAGAUGACCGAGAAGGAAGUCCUGGACAACUCCAGCAACGGCAUUCCUCAGGUCUCCUACAACGGACACAGCGCGGCGUCGCCGUGACAACGGGGCCACAGGCGCAGACACCACGGCUGGCUAGCGCACACUUUGUAACUGUAUCCUGACUGCAGGGAGCAUCUCGCCUUGGAAUCGUUUUUUUUCCUGCCUCCAACGUAGUAAAAGACAUUUUAAGUCCCAGCGGGAGGCGGGAUUAAUUAUGCAAACCAGGGUUUAGGCCUCUUCUCUUCAGCUCAAACCAAAGCCGGGGCAGAGAGCCGCCGUUUGGGCCACAAUUCAGGUGUCGAAUGUCCGCUUGACAUCAGAUGACCUUUAAUCCGACGAGCAUGAAGGCUAUAGAGCGCAUCCAGUCACGUGCCCCAGAACCACGCAUGCAGCUCACUCAUUCUGAGGAACCUCUGCUAGUCCAGUGUCCAUGUUCUCUUUCUGUCUUGUCAUGAGGUUUAUGGAAUGCAGAUGUUGAGAGGCAGCAAGCUCUAUGUCUAGUAAUGGAAUGCUUCCACAUGUGCUGUACUGUAUAUCCAUGCUUGUAUACCAGGAUCCCGUCGUAUCUAGAAAUUAAACAUAUUUUUAUAAAUGCUUCUUAUAAAAGUGAAUUCAAUUAAAGUUUGACAGAUGGGAACCGGUGCUCUGU